CACGUCACUUCGAUCAAUGAAAACUGACAGCUGACGGCGCUCUGUUUCGUGUCCUGAUUUUUCUCUAAGAAAAAUAAAUAAAAUAAUAAAUAAAUGCUGCUUGCAUAGUGAAAUAAUCAAUGGCAUACAUUAUACGCUAAGUUAAAAGAUUUUUAUCAUCAAACAUGGAUGAAGAGGAGAAGAACUCUAUUAUACAAAGUCUUAAUUUAAGAAUAGGUGGCGAUAUUAAUGAUUUAGCAAGUGCUGUAGAAUUACAAGCAGAAUUAGCGGUCAAGCGAGAUCAACUUCAAAAUAGCUUAAAUGUAGCCAACAAUGAAGUGCCAACGAAACUAUCCGCAGCUUUGAAGAAGGCAGAAUUAAAUUCCAAUCAAAUAGACAAGUUGAAGAGUCGCAGUGAUGACUUAAAGAAGAAGGUUGAAGCCUUUCUGAACAAAACUGAGCCUUUGAGAUCUGAGAUUGAUAAGAGGUUUGCAGCUAUCAAUAAGCUGGAAGAGGUCUUAGUUUACUUAAGAUCGUUUGAGAAAAUUGAUGAGCUGAGCCGCCAAAUGAAACAAACUAAUGAUGAUGAACAAAUGGUGUUACUGUACAGUGAGCUCAGGAAGAUGUGCACCAUGUACCAAAAGGGACAUAGAGCCAGUUAUGUUAAGGAGUACACACAUUAUUGGCAUAAUGUUCUCAAAGAUAAACUCACUAAACAUUACGAAGAUGUACUAAAGCAGCUGAAAUGGCCAUUCUCGGCUCCAGCAGAUGCCUCCCCAAUACCUAAAGAGGUGAUGGUGAAGUUCAACAGUCUCACUAAAUAUCUAUUUCUCAUUGAAGAACCUGAGGAUCUAGUCAACAGUAAUGUGACAGAUGAAUUGGGACAAGAGAAAGGUCCAUGCCUGCCAGUGAGAGUGCUACUACGUCCUCUUAAAAAGAGGUUCCAAUUUCAUUUCACGGGUUCACGUCAAACGGCCCGUAUCGAUAGACCGGAGUGGUUCCUUACACAAACCCUUACUUGGAUCAAACACCAUCAAGUUUUUGUCCAAUCUCAUGUUCAACCGAUUGCUGAUAAAUUGGAAUUAAAGCAUGUUAAGGCAGCGGAUGAAUUCAAUGCUGGUCUCAUAGCACUGGCAGCCGAGAGAUUGCAUACUGUCCUUGCAUUAUACCAUACACAAAGUGCUAAGGGAGAAAUAGUCGAUGUCGACGCGGCUUUCGCUCAUGCCGUAGAUGAAACCCUAGGCUUCCAAAGGGAAUUAGUUGAGAUUACUGGCAAAGAUAUUAAUAGUGUACUGUCUGUAUUGACGAAGGCGGAAACCUUUGUGAGAUGGCAGACUGUGGAAAAGAAAUACGCCUUAGCAAAAAUGGACGAGAGUCUAGAAUGUUCUCAGUGGAGCGAGGGGGUAGGCGCGGGGGCAGGGGCUGCGACUGGAUCUGCGUUGUGGAUACCACGUGCAGCUGACUGGUUCGUUACGUUGCUGAGGACUAUUGAGGACCGAUAUGCGUUGUUGCCGCAGCCGGGCCACAGACUACAAUUCUUAGAACUUCAACUAGAGCUAGUAGAAGAAUGGCGUAUCCGUCUCACACAGCUACUGAGCGCGGCCAUAGACUCGUUACAUGUGGACUCCUUUCUAUCGCCCGAUACGGGAUCUCAUCCGUUGACAGCUGUCAUUAAUGCCGCUCAUCAUACAAGGACUGUUUUGUUGCAGUGGGCGCAUUCUUUGCACUACCUACAACUACAUUACUACCGGCGUCAGUUCCACAAUUUCACACAACAACAGCAUCAGGACGAUGAGUUCAGUGACACCACAUCUGACACAGACUAUACAGAUUCUGAUGAAAUGCCUUGCAAGAGGAAUAAAGAAAUAACUGCAGAAGCGUUAUCGCUAAUGGAAGUGGAACUACGAGCCAAGAACUUGGCGCUCAGUGAAAUGUCCAGGCAUAGUUCAAUGGUCCCAGAUUUGAACCAAUACGAUGUGACAUCACCAAUAGUAAACCUAGCAGUAACAGAACCUCUUACUGGCGAAGAUGAGGCAGAGGAAGCGGGGGUGUUUGCUGAAGCACCCGCGUUGCUCGCUCGCCUUAGAGACAGCGGCCUUGCGUCCCUGGCCGAACAUAUACUGCUAGAGUUUAAGGCGGGCUUGAAAGACUAUAAGAGACAGAAAUGGCACGGCCUGUUAAUCGUAGAAGAAAUGGCACUAAGCGUAUCGGGCUCCCUCUGCCGGCCGCUCGCGGCGUUGUGUGCGCGACUGUCCGUGGCGGCACAACGUCUAGCGCCUACACUUACUACGAGACUGCGGGCGCAUCUCGCUGAUAUUGUUGAUCAGUAUAUUUUUGAGGAGAUAGUGCUCGAGAGCUGGUUCAACACGGGCGGUACGAUGCAGUUCACGCACGACGUCAAACGUAACCUCGUACCUGCGUUUGCUCCACCGAACAAAAUUGCAACGCAAGUCUACCAGUUACCCAGGCUCCUAGAAGCGUGUAAACUCUUGAACAUGGAUUACGACGACGCCCGCCGUCUCCGCGCUCUCUUAACAAAACAGCCCGCUGCCGCCGCAGAACUUCUAGAACAUCAUUCCAUUCGUUAUAUACAAACAGCUCAGGCCCUCCAAAUUCUUAACCAGAGGACUGACCUCAGUGACGCAACCAGUCCCUCGUCUGUCAUGGAGUUGUUCUGAAACUUCGAAGGAGGAGGCGUCUAAGCAACUUGCUAAUAUUGGGGUGGAUCGAAAUGGCCGCCUUGUGGUGUCGUGUAACUUUUAAGUGCGACUCUCGGUUAGAUGUGGCAGUGAAUUUAAUUUAGGUUAGCCAAUAGGUAAUCUUUAGUAUAGCUUGGCAUUUCAAAUGAUAAACGCAAUCUUUCAGACGAAUAUUGUUCAAAAAGUCUGAAGUUACCUCAAGUCAGCGGAGGGAUUUCUUUUAUGCAUUCCAAGUAAACUUGAACGAUAAAAAUCGUGUAGAAUCCCGGUAUUAGACAAGCCCGCAUUACACCUCAUAAAAUAUUCAUGUUGCAAACCAGAGAUCGAACUUGAUAGUUACACGGCAUCCAUCUUUCAAAUUCCUAUUUGAAUCCAUUAAUUUGCAUAUCUUUUAGCGGUCAUAAAAUUGUGCUCAUGUGUUGAAUAACUAACCCUCUUCCUCAAACGUUAGAAGGAAUUUAAAAUAUCGAAAUCCUGUGAUCUUAAAUAUAUUUGCUAAUAUAUUUAUUUAAACAUCAUUGCAUGUGGAAUAUUGAUCGGAACGCGGUAACAAUGUGAAGGUUGCAGGUAUUUAGUACUCGAUGGACUAGCCAAUAUUCCGCGUCGCAUGAUUCUAAAACCACUUACAUUAUAACAAUCAUAUUUUGUACGCACGUAGACUUUUUUACUUGGUAGGAAGUUAAGUCGACGGCUAUGCCAUUUUCAGGACAAUUAAGCAAGCGUAACAUAAAAAAUAAAAUUUUCAUGUCACUAAUUAACUGACUAUUAACUACUACGACACUAAUUAAUUCUGGACUAAGAUAGGGUAGUCAUGGACUGGAUAGUAACUUCAGACGCGAUCAUUUAGUACCAAAAUCAUGCUUCUUCGACGCUCUAAACAUUUUUAUAAUUGAAGUAGUAAUUGUUUCGACGGCAUUAUCUAGUGGCAAGUUGAUUUAGCAAGAAUAGCCUCCUCCUCAUAGAUUAUUAUUAUUAUUCUGUAUAAAUAAUUGUGUAUUUCUGUAUCCACAUUUCAAUGGCAUAUAUCUUUUUAGGAUAAAAGUUUCUAGAAUUUUCCAAAAAUAGUCAUUAUUGCUCGUAUGUUAAUUAUUGCAUUUAUUAGUUACUAUUAAUGUGAUAGAUCAAUGAGAAUUCAAUUUAUUUGAUCGUGCGACUUUUUUUAAGAUUACAUAUUUUUUACCAUUGUAAUAUAUUUAUUUUGGAAGCCGACCCCAACAUAGUUUGGGAAAAAGGCUCGGAGGAUGAUGUAAUAUAUUUAUUUUAUUAAUUGUAAAAUAGUAGAGAAACUUGCCUUGGUGUAAAUAUUAUUUAUUUACUUCAAUUGUUCUUCCUACAUUUUCGUUUAAAUACAUUUUUGACAGUACAACUUUUAUAUUGUGUUUCAGUUUGUUGUUACGACUCAUGAAAUUAAUAUUUAUUGGCGAAUCAUAAUAUGUACCUAUAAUGUAGUUGCAAGCUAAUUACGCCCCUGCUUGCUUAAAACACUACUGCACUUUCUACAACUCAUUUCUACUGUAAAUCAAGCCUUAAUUUAGGUUUUUUAGGAAUUAUCAUUCAUGUAAAUCUGUUGUCAAAUAACUUUGCCCCGCUGAAGUCUGCUAUUUAAUUUCUUGCGCAUACGCAGUUGUGUUUUCUUCGUGACUGCUGCGCAGUCUCUUGUAGUCAACUUCGGCGGGGUGAAAAGAAUAUGAAAAGUCUAGUUGCAAACCUUUCAUGUGGCAACAUCGAUCUAUGUACAUUUUAGAAUUUAAAAAGAUUUGUAUGUAGUAACUAAUCUAACAAUCUUGCCAAAUUCCUCUUAAAAUCAGUAGAACUUUUUAAACCGACAUUCAAAAUUUUUAUUUUAAAUAAAUAUGUGUUCUUUGCAGCUCUUUGCAUAAUGUAUAAGUUCUUUUAUAAUGUCAUAUCAUACAUAAGAUAGAAAUUCAGUAUCUUCUUUAAGAAUAAAAAAUCCUUUUAAUAGUUAACAAGUACAUACAAAUAAUCACAUUUAUUCCCAUAGUUUAGGUGUUUCAUGCCCAUUCAUUCAUUCAUUAUGGUUUUAAGGGUCAUAUUUUUCCAAUUAUAUCAUCAGUACAUAGGCAGGGGUUAGGUGUCAGAACUAAUCCGAUUACGUACCUUAUUACAAAAAGGGGCCUAAAAAAGUACCAGGCUUAGUACUAGGUUUAGAGCAUUUCAUUGUUCCAGACAAAGGUUUAUACCCGAUACCAAAGCCGGAACUUGUUUGGGGACUACUAUUUAUAAUGAGGUAGUAAGAGUUGUACGCAAAAACCCAUGUGUGGUGAAAGAAAGGGGAUGUCAGUAUAAAUGGCCCUAAUUUAUGUAUAUUUUGUCUGUAGAUAAAUGUGUUGAGAACACAAACUGAGUCUGAUAAGUGUAAGUAGCUGUUUCUAUUUCAAGUGUAUGCAUGCAUUUUAUUUGAUGAAUUGUAAUAUCGUAUGAAAUAAAUUAAUAUAUUCAUGUUUU